AUGUCAGCGCGAGGCGCCCGCACGCACGCGACCCAGAGACCGGUUCAGCGACCGUGCACGACUCUCCUGACGGAUAGUGCUUGCACCUGCCCCGUCAAGGGCCGCGUGAACCAGCUGGGUGGCGUGUUCAUCAACGGCCGGCCGCUGCCCAACCACAUUCGGCUCAAGAUCGUCGAGAUGGCCGCUGCCGGGGUUAGGCCCUGCGUAAUCUCCCGGCAACUCAGGGUGUCACACGGGUGCGUCUCCAAGAUACUCAACCGUUACCAGGAGACGGGCAGCAUCCGUCCCGGGGUGAUAGGCGGCAGCAAGCCCCGUGUGGCGACCCCUGACGUCGAGCAGAGGAUCGAGCAGUACAAGAAGGAAAACCCGAGCAUCUUCUCGUGGGAGAUCCGCGACAGGCUCAUCAAGGACGGCGUGUGCGACAAGACUUCUGCGCCGAGCGUGAGUUCCAUCAGCCGUGUGCUGCGGGGAAGCCGAUACACCGGCAGCCCCGACCACUCGCCCCAGCGUGGCGGCAGUGACGGUGAAUGCGCCAAGAAGGCCGACCACAGCAUCGACGGCAUCCUCGGAGGUCGGCUGAGCGGUCUGGACGACGACUCCGACUGCGACUCGGAGCCGGGCCUGCUGCUGAAGCGCAAGACGCGCCGUUCGCGUACCACGUUCUCCGCCGAGCAGCUGGACGCCUUGGAGCGUGCCUUUGAGCGCACCCAGUACCCGGACGUGUACACGCGCGAGGAGCUCGCGCAGAGGACCAAGCUCACCGAAAACCGAGUUCAGGUAUGGUUCAGCAACCGACGCGCCCGCUGGCGCAAGCAGGUGGGCAGCCAACCCGCAGGCGCCGCCUUCAGCAGCCAGCUGCUGCAGGGCUACGCGCAGGCGGCAGCCGCUGCUCCGGUUGUCAGCGCCGCAGCGACGACGCACCACCACCACCACCCACACCUGGACUCCGGCAUGGCCUCCGCGGGGCUCCAGCACCACGACACCACAGCGUGGCACCGCUCGCAUCAGUCUCUGGCAUCGUCGAGCUCAGUGUUGCAGCCAGGGUACGGCUCGUACGCGACAGAGUCCUGCAUCAACGGGGACCCUUUGCCUCAACAGGUCUAUGGCCUGCUCAGCGGUAACGGAAGCGGAACUGCGGGAGGCCCGUCCUCGCUCAGCGUGCCGGAUUUCCACAUACCGGCUCUGAGUGCGGCCAACGACAUGGCCGGCUGGUCGCCAAGUCUCGUCAGCUCGGCAGCAGCGCUGUCAGCCAGGGCGGACGCGCCGGCGGCCACCAGCGUCUUCGGACACCACGGGGCGUUCGGCGCUGCGGCCGCGUCGGACAACUUCGGUGGAAUGAUUGGAAACGCAGAAGGAUUUAUUUCAAGCACAUUCAACAACCUCAACAGCUCUCACAGCGCCAUGGGAAUGGAUGUGAAGCCAUCAUUUCCGUACGGAAGUCAGUUUGCUGCUGGAGCAAGUGCCAAUCAGAUGUGCAAGGAAUUCGACAUGCCAGCCACGGCUCUAGCAAGUCUGCGACAGAGGUCUCGGGAACACGCCGUUGCACUAGGACUUUUCUAAACCAAUGUUUUUCAGCACUGCUCAUUUAGGAACGUAGAUGUCGCGCCUGUACAAAGAAGACUUUGCACACAUCUACAUCAAAAAACUCAUUUCUCUGUUUAUUACUUCCCAUUUUGCUCUUAUGGGCAUGUUUGUACUUCCCUUCAUCCUCCAACAAGUACAGUGCUCUCUGUUGCGUAAAUACCUUUAUGUAUGACUGCGUUGCAUGAAAAUACAGAAAAUCUUAUAAAGAGGCCAUGCAGCACUUUUUGAAUGUUGUAAAUAAACUUGCUUGGCCACUCGGCAAUAUUGUUGAAAACAUAUGUGCCAAAUGGUUUUUCUGUAUAUUCAUCUGGGAGCCCAAAAAUCUCCUUGAAGGGCUGCUUGUCCUUUCGUUUAACUUUAUAACAACUUCACACAUUAUUUUAACUUCCCGUUUUGCUCAUAUGUGUAUGUCACCUGCUGUGUUCAUCCACUAACAUGUACAGUGCUUUUUGUUAGAUAAAUACCAUUAUGAGUGAUUGGAUGUCAUGAAAAUAAAAAAUAAAC